AGUACUCGGGUCUACACGCAUCUCCUUUUUUAUUUUGCUGCUGCGGUUUCUCGGUCCCUCACUGCUGCACUAUGCCACCCAGCGCCCACUGGGGCAAGCGGCCCCGCAGCGGCGACAGCGAGGAGGCUUUUGUGCGCUUCAGCGAACUCUCCCCUGCCGCCAAGAUGGAGCGUCGACGGGAGGAGCGGGGGGAGAAGAAGGAGCGGGAGCGCACGCUGGCGUACUUCAAGUCCGUCCAACGUGCCCUCGAGGAACACGGCAGCGGCGGUGGUGACGCAGGUGCGUUGGCGUCUAUCGUAGACGGCUUCUUUUCUGAGCUGCUGAAGCUGCUCAAGGCGGACUCCACCUUCUACGUACUGCGCAACGGCACGGCCUGCCGUGUGAUUGAGCUGGCCUUGACGAGCGCGCUGCUCCUGCACGUAAAAUCGCUGCUGUACGUCUUCUUAGGUCACAUCUGCGACUUGAUGGUCUCGCCGGUGGCCAGCUUUACGUUAGAGACGCUGCUGGCCGCCCUCUCCCAGGGACUCAGCGCUCUGGGCGAGACGAACCCCGAAGGACUGGUAGCGGAGCUGACCGAAGGCGGCGUCGGCACCCACGUGGGCAGCGGCGUACCGAGCAGUGCCACGCUGGUCCGCUCCAUGGCAGACGAGCUGUGCGAACGCGCCGAAGACUUGAUUGUGCACGACAUUGGUGGUCGAGCGCUGCGCUCGGUGGUGAUGAUGCUGGGUGGGCGUGCGAUCCGUCAGGCCCCUCAGCCGCCGCACCCCGUCGCCUUUCCCGACGUGUUGGGCACCUUAGCGGAGGCAAUUAUGAAGGCGUUAGAGGACGGUUACGGCCGCGAGUACAACACGGCAAACGCAGCGGAGUCGUGGAUGGCGGCGGUGCAGGCGCCUGCGACCAGUCUCGUUGUGCAGAGUCUGCUGCGUGUGAGCGACGAGGGCAGCGUCGUGGAUAGGUGCGUGCGGCAGCGCAUCGAGGCUCUUUCGUACAAGGGCAAGCCGCUGCUGCAUCACUUGCUGGUUGACCCCCUCGGCUGCCACGUCUUCCAGAGCUACGUGCAGGUGCCUCCACCCGCGGCAGUGGUGGAGGCAGGAGACAUGGCAGCGGCACGAGCCACCGCCGCUGCUUCUCCUUCUGUCUCUUCAGCUGCCAAGGCGUCCGCAAACGAAGCUUCCACGGCCGAAGAAUUCAAAGGGAAGGAAGAGGGAGAGCUGUUGGUGCCUGGUGGGGCGGACUCCUGCUGCUGGUCCCGCGCCGCAGAGCUGGUGCUGCUCGAGGUGGAUAAUUUGUUGAAGCCAGGCAGCGACCUCGUCGCACAGACCGGCUAUGUGCUGCAGGACCUCGUGCUCUACGCACCGGCCACACUGCACCUGCAGUGGCUCUGGCGGCGUCUGCUGAGCCCGCGGCUGCUGCUGCUCUUCGACGUGCCGGCGCUGACGGCUGUCCUGGUGCAGGCGGUAAAGCGUUGCGCUUUUGAAGGCGUUUUGCUUCGACCGACGGGCCUCGCGGCACAGCUGCGGGACGCCGCCGGGUCUGACGCGGUCAGUACUGCGACAGCGGCGGCGGAAGCGCAGAACGAAGUCAGCCAUCACGGCACGGUGCUGCCGGCUGACGUGCUGUCAAUGCUGCGGAAGGAGGCUGCGCUGCACGUGCGUUACUCGCCUGUCCCCAUCGCCUUCCAAUCUGCCGUCUGUGCGCGUGUCUGCGAACUGGCGAAGCAGCGUGCGGCGAAAGGCGCGGCGCAGUACCUGUUGGUGGACGGGGCGCUGAGCGAGAAGGGGCACGAGGUGGCGCGCUACUUGAUGCACCUGCACCCCUCCGCGUCAAAGCUGCUGCAGCACUCGCUGGACAAGCUGCAGCGGGAGGACCUGGUGGCGGUCGUAUGUCAUCAAAAAGGCAGUCAGUUCAUGCAGCAGUACAUCAAGGUGGCAGCGCUGGCGACACCGACGUCUGCGGCGACGGCGGGGGACAACGCCGGCGAUGCAAAGGGGCCACUGAUGCGGCUUUUCCGCCGCCUGCAGUCUUCGCUGUCGACGCUGAUUUACGACAAGUACGCGGCAUUUAUGGUGGAAACGCUCUACGAGUGCGCGUCGCUCGGCGUGAAGGAGGCGCUGGUGAAGGCGCUCGUACCGAUCUACCAGGAUAUGCGUAAGCUGAGUCCCUCGGCUGGUGUCGCUGGGGCUCCCGCGGCCAGCGAGGACGGCGUGGAACACGCACCGCAAGAACCGGCGACGGCGGAGGAGGGAGAGGCCGCGGGGAAUGCAGAGGUCGCGUCACCGAGCCCGACCCAGCAGCGCUUCAUCGCCUACAAAGUCAUGUCGAGGUGCUGUGUGGAACAGUACGUGCAUCGCAAGGAGGACUGGACAAAGCUGGCGUUGCGGCAGUGCCAGGUGCAGCAGCUGCUGCGACGCAUGUUGUUAAGCGAAUGA